AUGAUCAACAAAUGGAUCCUACUAGUUUGCUUAACUGGAAUUCAGGCUCAGGAUCCACGCAAGCGAUAUGAAAGUCUGCCGUCGUUUGAGAUCAACAAAGUGGAGGAGGAGGAAAUAUCAUGCACCACAAAGGCUUGCGUUAAGAGAUCGGCCGGUCAGGACGAGCUGGGUCCUUUUUGGGCGAACAGGGGCAAGAAAGAUCCAACUUAUCUGCAGCAGAGAUUUUUUGUGGAAGAGCCGCGUUGGGUUUUGGUGAGAAGAGACGAUCCGAGCGCGGAUGUCGACGAUCCUUUUUUUCUUUCGCGUGGAAAGAAGGAGGAACUGUAUCGCCCUUAUGCUUUAUCAAGGGAAAGGCGAGAUGAUGGCGUGAUAUCGCCAUUUUUCGCAGCUAGAGGCAAGAAGUUCGGCAGAUACAUCCAAAAAAUUUAA